AGCGGAGUUGAGGAAACGGCGCCUCUGGUGGCUACCUGCCAAAUCUGUGUGCGGGAAAGAGAAGAAAAAGCCUGUGAAAUUAGGUGGUUUCAAAGUAAAACGUGUGGGCGCCGGCAGACGCAUCCAACUAUUUGGUUGUUUUGCCCUUUACAAACGUAGAGGCCCCUGCAUAUAAAAAAGAUGCGGAGAUUCGUCAGCGGUGUGCUCAGUAGUUAUCAGAAGCGAUCUCUUUCUCAUCGCUCUCUUCGUUUCUUCUCCUCCACGACUUCUCUCCCUAACUCCGAUUCUCCUUCUUCUUCCUCUUCCGCUGCCAUGCCUACUCCUGUUACUCUCGAAACCAUCAACCCUAAGGUCUUAGAAUGUGAGUAUGCUGUCCGGGGUGAGAUUGUCACCCUUGCCCAGCGGUUGCAGCAGGAGUUACAAGAAAAGCCAGGUUCUCUUCCUUUUGAUGAGAUACUUUACUGCAACAUUGGAAAUCCUCAAUCUCUUGGUCAACAGCCAAUUACAUUUUUCCGAGAGGUUAUUGCACUAUGUGAUCAUCCACCUAUUUUGGACAAAAGUGAGACACAGGGUUUGUUCAGUGCGGAUGCCAUAGAGCGAGCUUGGCAGAUCCUGGAUCAAAUUCCUGGAAGAGCAACUGGUGCAUAUAGUCACAGUCAGGGUAUCAAAGGAUUGCGUGAUACUAUUGCUGCUGGAAUUGAAGCUCGUGAUGGUUUUCCUUCUAAUCCGAAUGACAUUUUCUUGACUGAUGGUGCAAGCCCAGCAGUCCAUAUGAUGAUGCAGUUACUGAUAAGAACGGAGAAGGAUGGAAUUCUUUGUCCCAUUCCUCAGUACCCUUUGUACUCUGCUUCAAUUGUUCUACAUGGUGGCACUCUUGUUCCUUACUAUCUUGAUGAAGCAACUGGGUGGGGCUUGGAGAUUUCAGAACUUCAGAAGCAAUUGGAAGAUGCAAAGUCAAAGGGUAUCACCGUUAGGGCCUUGGUUGUAAUAAAUCCAGGCAACCCAACGGGGCAGGUUCUUUCUGAGGACAACCAGCGAGACAUUGUGGAAUUCUGCAAGAAAGAAGGUCUUGUUCUUCUGGCAGAUGAGGUAUACCAGGAAAAUGUAUAUGUUCCUGACAAGAAGUUUCACUCGUUCAAGAAGAUAUCCCGAUCUAUGGGGUAUGGCGAGGAAGAUAUCUCUGUAGUAUCAUUUCAGUCAGUCUCUAAAGGGUACUAUGGGGAGUGUGGAAAAAGAGGAGGUUACAUGGAGGUAACUGGGUUUGGUGCUGAUGUGCGGGAACAGAUAUACAAAGUGGCAUCUGUGAAUCUUUGUUCUAAUAUCACUGGUCAAAUUCUUGCAAGCCUUGUGAUGAGCCCACCCAAGGUUGGAGAUGAAUCCUAUGAAUCUUAUUUCAUGGAGAAGGACGGAAUACUCUCAUCCCUGGCAACGCGUGCAAAGACACUGGAAGAUGCACUCAAUAGCUUGGAGGGUGUAACUUGCAACAAGGCGGAAGGAGCAAUGUAUCUCUUCCCCCGUAUUCACCUGCCUGAGAAAGCAAUUAAAGCAGCAGAAGCUGCAAAAACUGCCCCUGAUGCAUUUUACGCUCGACGCCUCCUAAAUGCCACUGGAAUUGUUGUUGUUCCUGGAUCUGGCUUCGGUCAGGUUCCUGGGACAUGGCAUUUCAGGUGCACAAUACUGCCUCAAGAAGAUAAGAUUCCGGCUGUUGUGUCCCGCCUGACAGAAUUCCACAAAGGAUUCAUGGAGGAGUUUCGAGACUGAGGCAUGUAAUCUGGGCCCUGCUUCCAUAGUUUUGAAUAAGGCAUGGCGUUGUAAGCCAUGUGUGCCCCUCUUCUUUUGACCUUUUUCCUUGAUGAGGAUGACAUGUUGGCGAUACUGUUCAGUUUUUCGUACAAACAUGAUCAUGACAUGAUCACUCUUUUAUGGUUUGAGAUUUUCAAAAUAAUAGUUUCUAAAAAUAAUUUUAAAUUGA